UCCACGACCCGAAAUCCAAAACCAGUUAAUCCUAACCAUGCCUGCCAUCGCCCGAUCUAACGCCGACUCUACUCCUCAGAAACGAAGACUCAGAUCCGAUACUGCGGCGGCGCAGGAUAGCCAGCCUUUCACACCGGUCAAGUGGAAAUCGGCUCGCAGAUGCACAUCUGCGAGCCCAAAUUGUCCCUCCAAUAGAGCUGUCAUAGAUUCAAGUGAAAAUCCUGGGAAAUCACCAGUGAAGAAAUCGCCUGAUAGAUUUGUUCCAAAUUCGAAAUGGAAUCCGGUAGAUACGGAGCAGAUGAGGGCGGUGAAGGAGGCCUUGCACGUUUCGACGGCACCAUCUACCGUCGUGUGCCGUGAGAAUGAGCAGAGGAGGGUUUUGGAGUUCUGUAAGGCAUGCGUGGAGCAAGAGAAGGCUGGGAAUUUAUAUAUUUGUGGGUGUCCAGGGACCGGGAAAUCAUUGUCAAUGGAAAAAGCGAAACACCUUCUGGUUGAUUGGGCUAAAGAGGUAGGUCAUCAGCAGCCGGAUGUGUUAAGCAUAAAUUGUACUUCUCUAGCAAAAACAUCGGAUAUUUUCAGUAAGAUACUCGGCGAAGCCCAACCGCGAAAGAAAGUCAACGGCUCUACUACCUCUGCUUUGCAACAGCUCCAGAAUUUGUAUUCUCAAAAGCCGCGGUCUUCCGCCAUGAAGAUGAUGCUGAUAAUUGCUGAUGAGUUGGACUAUUUAAUUACUAAAGACAGGGCUGUGCUUCACGAUCUUUUCUUGCUGACAACCUUACCUUUCUCCAGAUGUAUUUUGAUUGGAAUAGCUAAUGCAAUAGACCUAGCAGAUCGUUUUCUCCCGAGACUCCAAUCAUUGAACUGCAAGCCUAUGGUAGUAACUUUUCGGGCCUACGAUAAAGAUCAGAUCCUCACGAUACUGCAGGAGAGGCUGUUGGCACUUCCUUACCUUGUCUUUCAACCGCAAGCAUUGGAACUCUGUGCCAGAAAAGUGGCUGCUGCCUCUGGUGAUAUGCGAAAAGCACUUUGUGUUUGCAGGAGUGCAAUUGAGCUACUAGAAGCAGAGCUGAGAAAAUCUAGCAGAAACUUCAAUUUGUCGACAGUAGAGAAAGCAUUAUUUGAACAACAAACAACAGCUGCUGAUAUUUUAAGAAAACAGGAAAUAGAUGUUGUGAGGCUUGAUCAUAUGGUUGUUGCUUUGUCAAAGACGUAUAGAACACCAAUAGUGGAUACCAUACAAUCUCUCCCACAACAUCAGCAGAUUGUACUUUGCUCUGCGGCCAAACUUUUCCAUGGAGGAAAGAAGGAUACAACUGUAGAGGAGCUGAAUAGGUCUUACAUGGACUUCUGCAAAUCAACCCUAAUCCCACCUGUUGGGAGUAUGGAACUUUCAACCAUAUGCAGAGUUCUAAAUGACCAGGGGCUUCUCAAAGUAGGUCAAUCUCGAGAUGAUAAAUCGAAAAGAGUGACAUUAAGGGUAGAUGAAGCAGACAUCGCGUUUGCAUUGCAGGGGAUCCGUUUCUUUCGCAAAUGUUUUCGGCAAUUUUGCUCAAAGCACAUAGACUCGUGAUUCUUCCGGAGCUUGCUAACGGGGGACUUCAUUUUUUCCAGUUCACGCAGUCCAAAUGAACAGUAAUCGGGGCAAGCACGACUCGUGAAGGUCAAAAUAGAGCAACUUUGAAUUCGAAUUGAAAGCACAUAGCCAAAAGUAGAUAUUAACAAGAUCUGAGAAAAGAGAUAUUCAAGACACGAUUUAUUUAUACGUCACAUGUUAUCACAUUCUUCUUAGUAAAGAAGUUAGUGCAAAUUGGCUCGAUUUAUAAAAAUUCUUUUGUAUUUUUGGGAGGUGGACAUCCUUUGCUUGUCCAAGCUAGGUAGGUUUGUAUGGUGUUAUGUUAGAGCCAUACUUGCACAAGCAGUGCAUGCAACCCAUGCAACGUCUACCAUUGAUGAUGGAGCACACUCAGCUAGCAAAGGAAGCACUGUAGCAGAUUUCACACACAGGCAGCACUUGUUAAAAUGUAAUAAAACUUGUAUUUCUCUAAACUCUUACAGUAGGGUUUAACCUCUAUUUAUAUACAUGGUUCUAACAAAGAAUAUUCUCAAAUAAUGGAAAGAUUACAACUAGCAUAAAAUGUACAAUGGCAUGCACAAUACGUACUAUAAUGGGUGGUUGGUUGUAGGCAGCUUAGUGGGUGCAGAAGUUUUGGAGGAUUUCAUCGAGUGCUGCAUGUGUGUGAAAUCUGCUGUAGUGUUUCCAUUGCUAGCUGUGUGUGCUCCAUCAUCAAUGGUAGACGUUGCAUGGGUUGCAUGCAUUGCAUGUGCAAGUAUGGCUCUAACAGACCCCCUCAAGUCAAGCGGCAAUUGCGUCAAGCACAUAUUUGAACACAGUUGAGUUCAAAUAUGUCGGCUAAUUGAUCUUUUCUUGAAAUAAAUAACAUAGUGAGGGAUUUAUUUAGGACCCAAUCCUUAACAAAGUGGAAAUCAAUUUUCACAUGUUUUGUCCUAGUAUGAAAUACUGGGUUGGAGGAGAGGUAGCUUGCCCUAAAUUAUCAUAGUAAGGGAGAGGAGCAGUGGUUAGUGUAAGACCAAGGUCUCAGCAUAAAUGUUGCACCCAAAUUAUCUCAGCAAUGGCGUUUGCAACAACUUUAAACUCAACCUCGAUAGAUAAUCUUGCUAUAAUUGGUUGCUUUUUGGAGGACCAUGAGAUGAGAUUGGAUCCAGAGUAAAUGAGGUAAGCACUUGUGGAAUGUUUGUCAUUGAUGCACUUGGCCCAAUCUGCGUCUGUGAAUGCAGUGAGAUUCAUGGUGGCAGACUUAUAGAAAAAUAAGCCAACUUCAAAGGUGUGCUUGAGAUAUCUUAAAACUCAUUUCACAGCUUUCAAAUGAGAGACUCUCAGCUCAUGCAUGUAUUGACGAACUUUGUUUGUGGCAAAGAAAAGGUCAAGUCUAGUAAAUGAGAGGUAUUGCAAAGAGCUUAUAGUACUUCUGUAGAGGGAAGGAUCUUCAAAUAGGUGGCCCUCAUGUAGACUUAAGUUUUCAAAGGUUGAGAUAGGAGUCUUUACUAGCUUAGUCGAUGCCAUAUUUGAGUAAGCAAUAGUCCCUCACUUGUGGAAGUUGCCUCAUUUCCCAAGAAGAAAUGGAAACUAUCAUGAUCAGUUAUGGGGAAUUCUAGCCGCAAGGCUUGGAGAAGAUCAAUUAUGAGUGACAUGUUGGAGCUAGUGAUGAGUAAAUCAUCAACAUAUACAAGAGCAUAAGUUGUGUUAGUUCCACAAAUGAACAAUGAAGAGUCAACAGUUGAAAUGUGAAAGUUAAGAUCCAUAGUUUCUGACUAAGCCAAGAGUACCAAGCUCAGGCCGACUGUGUCAAGCCAUAGAUGGCUUUCUAAAGCUUGCACAUAUGAGUGGGAAAUUAAGGAUGGGCAAAGCCAAGAGGCUGGGCCAUGAAGACAGUUUCGGAGAGUGGGCCAUGAAGGAAUACAUUGUGUACAUCAUAUUGAUGAAUUGGCCACCCAUUCGACAUUGCAACCAAAAGGACUAAGCAGAUGGUGGUGGCUUUGACAACCGGACUGAAGGUCUCUUCAAAGUCAAUGUCUAACUGUUGUAAAAAUCCCUUAGCUACUAGUCUGGUUUUUCGUCAUUCGAUUGUACCAUCAGCAAGGUACUUAGUGCGAAAAACCCACUUACAUAGGAUGAUGUUGGUGGUAUGAGAAGCAGGGACAAGAUUCCAUGUGGCAUUACUGAUAAGUGCAUUAAAUUCCUUUGACAUGACAAUUCUCCAUUUAGGGUGUUUUCGGACAAUGGUAAAACAGGAAGGACUUUCAAGCAUGGCUAAAGUGGUGGUUAAGUGAGCUUGAGGUAGUGGCUAAUUUAUGGUGCCAUCAGUGAAUUGUCUAGGGCGUGCCAAACCAAUCUGUGAGCGUGUCAAGAUGGAACGUGCAUGCUGCAUAACAGGAGCUAAAGAAGGCUGAGAAGUUGCAUAAGAGCUAGAGGAGGAAGAAGACAUUAGAAUGGGCUUGAGUAUUGAAGGAGAUGUGGGUAAGUGAGCCAUGUUAUAAGGAAAGAGUAGAUUGGACAAUUUUGAAGAACAUGCAGUAUGGCUCUAAUAGCACUAGACAAAAUUCCCCAGAACAUCUACACUUAUUAAGCUGCCCGCAACCAACCACCCAUUAUAGCACUAAUUGUGUAUGCCAUUGUACAUUUUUUGCUAGCUAUAAUCUUUCCGAUAUUUGAGAAUAUUCUUUGUCAAAACCAUGUAUAUAAAUAGAGGCUAAACCCUACUGUAAAAGUUAAGAAGAGAAUUACAAGUUUUAUUACAUUGUUAAAGCAUUGUUAUUGAAUUAUGUAUAUGUAAAGGACAAUUUUGAUAAAUGUAAGAUAAAUUUAAAUUUUAGCUA